CUCUGUUAGCCUAGACGGGUGAGUCGGCUUCCUUCCGGUCUGCUAAGUGGAGGCCGGAAGUGUAGGUUUGUAGCGGCUCUGGGAGUAGAAGGAGUUGGAAGCGGCAGCCGGGACAGCGAGGGAGUCACUGAAGCGCUCGGGUUCCCGCGGCUGUGCAGGGAUUUAACCGCCACCAUGUCGAGCAAAAGAGCAAAGACCAAGACCACCAAGAAGCGCCCCCAGCGCGCAACUUCCAACGUGUUCGCCAUGUUUGACCAGUCACAGAUUCAGGAGUUCAAGGAGGCCUUCAACAUGAUAGAUCAGAACAGAGACGGUUUCAUCGACAAGGAGGAUCUGCAUGAUAUGCUUGCCUCCUUGGGAAAAAAUCCAACCGAUGAGUAUCUGGACGCCAUGAUGAAUGAGGCUCCAGGCCCCAUAAAUUUCACCAUGUUUCUCACAAUGUUUGGUGAAAAGUUAAAUGGCACAGAUCCAGAAGAUGUCAUCAGAAACGCUUUUGCUUGCUUUGAUGAAGAAGCAACUGGCACCAUUCAGGAGGAUUACCUGAGGGAGCUGCUGACGACCAUGGGCGAUCGGUUCACAGACGAGGAGGUGGACGAGCUGUACAGGGAAGCGCCUAUUGACAAAAAGGGGAAUUUCAAUUACAUUGAGUUCACGCGCAUCCUUAAACAUGGAGCAAAAGACAAAGAUGACUGAAAAGAACUUCAAAUUCCAGCCAAACGUUCCUUCUUCCUACUUUGGGUCUCUCUCAGACUUUCUCCUAGAGCCUAUUGCAUGCCCUUAGCCUUACAGCUUUUGCCUCUCUUUUGUAUUUAUUCUCAGCCAUCUGGGGCACGUGCAUCUCUAUACUCAGACUGGAAAUGGGACUUUUUUGUCAUUUUCAGAAUAGAAAAUAGGGUAAUUUAUCUUCACCAGCUGCCUCCCCUCCCUCCCAAUAACACAGUCUACAGAGUCAGUAUAUUUUUUCAGAGAAAGUUACUCACUCAAUUUUUUCUGAACCAUAAUUAAACUUUAUGAUAAAAACUUGUUUAAAACUUCUUUAUUUACCAGAAUUGGGUUUUGUUGGUUUUGGUUGCAUCUUCUAAAGAAAGGUAGAUGAGGCAAAUCCUAGGAAAGGAUACAGUUGUUAGACCUCUCCCUUACUCCUUCCAGUUUUCCUAACAGUCCUAUCUCCUCUACAAUUCAUUCUUCCCCCUUUUCAAAGAAGUCAUUUUAACUGCCUUAUUUGGGUUUCCUGUACUGUCUUCCAAUUUAAAAAUAAUUUCCUGUAGAAUUUGCAUAUAUAUGGUAGCUCUGAUAGCUUUAAAUUCUUAAGUUUAACAUACUUGCCGACAUCCCUCCAUAUCUGUUCUAAGCUUUUGUACCUUACUUCAUUUCACUUAAAAUUAGACCAGGCUACCGAGUAUAAUUUUAAUUUGUCCUAAUUUUUAAAACUAUUUUAGCCCCAAAGGUUCUGUGGAAUAUUUCUACCGAAAAGAUGAAUUUAUUGUAUUUCAAAGUGUUGGAAAUAUAAUACGGUUUUGUUUUUA